AUGACGCAUUCACUAUUCCUCUGUCGGCAGGCACUGUUCACGCUGCUGCUGUGCGUUGCCGCCUUGGCGCAUGCGCAGUUCAGCAGCCAGAGCGGUUCCAGCCGUCCCGGCGGAGGUUUCGGCAGCCCUGGUCCCGGGAGGCCCGGCGGAGGCGGCGGCUUCAGUCCUGGAGGAAGUGGCGGCUUCAGCCCUGGAGUAGCUACCGACUUCGGCCCUGGAGUAGCUGGCGGCUUCAGCCCUGGAGUAGCUAGCGGCUUGGGCCCUGGAGGAGGUCGUCCUGGCUUUGGCAGUGGCGGCUUUGGCGCUGGAGGCGGUCGAGGCAUUGGCGGCUGA